GAUUUAAAAAAAAAAGACAAAUUGUGUUAGCAGAGCUCCAGGCCCUGUCUCGAGGGGCUCUGCAGUGUGCUCAGCGACUCGCGCUUUGCCCUUAUGCUGAGCAGGGCGGUUUCCUUGCUUCACAAAUGAAAUCUUCCCACUUGCUGUCUUUGUGAUUGUGCUCUCCUCUUGUCACGUCCAUCAUGUUCCCUGUGGUUCCCAUCCCGGUUGACACAUUCCUGUCUCCCGUGCUCCUGCAGGCUUGGGGUGGAGGGGUUGGAGUGGCGUGACGCAGAUUAAAAUUUCAUACAUGACUGCAUAGCAAAAGGAAUAUCCCUUCAAAUGUCCUUUCGUUAUUUUUAAGCGACGCUUUUCUCCUUGAUGCUCGGCGAUGGAGCUCGAAUAUUCUGCGGGGUUUCCACGGUAGCACGUUACAAGAUGAUACUGUAUAUUGACUUCAAAAAAAUACAAUUCUCAUUCAGCUCCCUUUCCCUGCACUCUGUUGUGGUUUUAGCUGCCGGGACCCUACACGGUGCAACCGUUGAAUUGAUGCAUCGCGUUACUCUCUGUGUACGCUAUGCAUCAAGGACUGGACACCCUCAGCGACUCUCCCAGCUCCACCACAGCUAACGACCUGGACCUUAUAUUCCUUAAGGGGAUAAUGGAGAGCCCAAUAGCCCACGAGAAGCUGGAGGAGACCAAGCUGGAAGCAGUGCGGGACAAUAACCUGGAGCUGGUCCAGGAGAUCCUGCGGGACCUCUCUCCGCUGGUGGACCAGAACUCCUCUGCUGCCGAGCUGGCCCGCAUCCUUAAGGAGCCACACUUUCAGUCCCUCCUGGAGACGCACGAUUCGGUGGCCUCCAAGAGCUUCGAGACGCCCCCUCCCAGCCCCUGUGCCUUCAUGGACGCCGCCCUGAAUAACCAACCUGUGCCGCCCGACGCCGUGCGGAUGGUGGGAAUCCGGAAGGUUGCUGGCGAACAUCUGGGCGUGACGUUCCGCGUGGAGAGCGGCGAGUUGGUGAUCGCGCGGAUUCUGCACGGAGGCAUGAUCGACCAGCAGGGCCUGCUGCACGUGGGCGACAUCAUCAAGGAGGUGAACGGGAAGGAGGUGGGCAACGACCCCAAGGUGCUGCAGGAGAUGCUGAAGGAGGCCAGCGGCAGCGUGGUGCUCAAGAUCCUGCCCAGCUACCAGGAGCCCCACCCGCCGCGCCAGGUGUUUGUGAAAUGUCACUUUGACUAUGACCCCGCCCACGACAACCUGAUUCCCUGCAAGGAGGCGGGGCUGAAGUUCGGCAGCGGCGACAUCCUGCAGAUCGUAAAUCAGGAGGACCCCAACUGGUGGCAGGCGUGCCAUGUGGAAGGGGGUAGUGCAGGCCUCAUUCCCAGCCAGCUCCUAGAGGAGAAGAGAAAGGCCUUCGUCAAGAGGGACCUGGAGCUGGCUGCAGCAGGGGCGCUGUGCGGCGGGAUCAGCGGGAAGAGGAAGAAGAAGAUGAUGUACCUGACGACGAAGAACGCAGAGUUCGAUCGCCACGAGCUGCUCAUCUAUGAGGAGGUGGCCAAGGUGCCUCCCUUCCGCAGGAAGACGCUGGUUCUGAUCGGGGCGCAGGGUGUGGGCCGCCGCAGCCUGAAGAACAAGCUGAUGCUCUCGGACCCGGCACGCUACGGCACCACUAUUCCCUACACAUGCAGGAAGCCCAAGGAGGACGAGAAAGACGGCCAGAUGUACUCGUUUGUGGGGCGCGCGGAGAUGGAGCAGGACAUCAAGAGCGGGCGCUACCUGGAGCACGGCGAGUACGACGGCAACCUGUACGGCACCAAGAUCAGCUCCAUCCACGAGGUGAUCGAGGCCGGCAAGGUCUGCGCCCUGGACGUCAACCCCCAGGCUCUGAAGGUGCUCAGGACGUCCGAGUUCCUGCCCUACGUGGUGUUCAUCGAGGCGCCAGACUUUGAGGUCCUGCGAGCCAUGAACAAGUCGGCCAUUGAGGCCGGGGUGGCAACCAAACAGUUAACGGACGCUGAGCUGAAGAGGACGGUUGAUGAAAGUGGGAGGAUUCAGCGGGCCUAUGGGCACUACUUUGACCUCACCAUUGUCAACGACAACCUGGAGGGCGCCUUCCGCAGCCUGCGGGCAGCACUGGAGAGACUGAACACCGAGCGCCAGUGGGUCCCGGUCAGCUGGGUCUUCUAGGACAGCCUAGGGGUCUGCGAGAGUCGGGGAGGAAGGGGGGCAGAGUGGGGGCGAGGUGGGGCCAGUCCUGAAACAGGUUCUAAGCAUGAAGUGGGGCGAAAAAAAUAAAAAACGGACAAAAAAUUAUUCUUCCUUCGAAAGGGUGACCAGGGACAAUGAACUUAUAAGACACGUGAACACUGGCCGAGAAGCUCCGUAACAUUCCUUCUUCAAGAGUUGCCAAUUCUUCUGUCAGCGCGGUUCAGAAAUAAGCUGGGAACAUUUAAUUUUUUUUUCUUUGUUUUCCCGGCCUCACACACCCUCAAGAAUAACUACUGCCCCCCCCUAUUGGCCGGAGGUCAAAUCUACUGGUCUCUGAGCUGCCUCCUCUUGACUUUUGUACAAUUUUCCUUUUUAAGACCUCAUUUCUAUUGUAUUUUUAACUUUUUCAACAGAACACAGAGUUCUCUAUAUCUGUAUCUUUGUGGGAGAUGUAACCAAAAGUAAGAUGAGAUGAAGCGCGUGUGUGUGUGUGUGCUCUGUAAAUUAUUUCCUCAUUAGAUUUCUGUGCUGGAUAUCUCCAAGUUAGCCCAACCCUGUCUUAGCCAUGACUCUUCUUUAUAGUGGGAGCGCCCUCUCUGUUUCUCUGGUUAACCUCCUUGCUCUAAAUGUUUACUGUGCUCUGCAGUGGAACAAAAAAGUGCAAUAAAGUAGAGCAAAAUCACGGUAAAUAAUUCAUACUCUCGAUACAGCAUGAUGCGAGGUGGAACCAUGCAAAGCAGAAGCAUUCUAAAGCCCCAUGAAAAUACCAUACAAAUCUUCCGCAAUGAAAGGUGUAUACUAUUUGUAAGGACUUUGUUGCAAACCUUCAUUUUAAAAAGUAGUUAGAAUGAAUAAAUUCAGAUGAGACUGUGACAAUACCUAAGAAUAGUUUGAGCUGUUGUUCUCGGUGGUCAUACCUACCUCAGAGAGUGCUUUCUUUAGUGCCCGUGCUGUUGUUUAAUGGUGGGUACGCCCAACUUUUUCCAGUCAAAGGAUGUGUAUCUGAUCUGUGCAGUUUUACCAGACGAUUCCUAUUGCUUGUACUGUGACAGGGCUGGAAAAAGCUGUAAAUUUCGUUUAUUGUUCGUCAUCUGUCGGUUUCACUAACAGAAGCUGAAAUGCCUUUUCAUUGCGGAAUGUUUCCUUCACACAUGCAAAAUGUCCUGCUAUUUCUAUCUUUUUCUGGUUUGCCACUGUGACUUUUUCUGCAGAGAAAACAACUGACGUUUCCCGUGUUUUGAUGACAUAAUUAGGAAGAUGUCUUGCUGUAGAAAUCUGAAGGGCAGGAUGAAUGUUAGUUUGCAGAUUGUGGGAGAGGCAGUGUGUGCUUAUGUGUGUGUGGGUAGUAAUAGCAAUUCUUUAAACUUCCCUUCCAUGCAGAGUUCAAGACCUGUGUAGUGAACAAAUAUUGACUCCUGUCACUGUUAGGUAGGUGCUCAAGUUGAAGAUUUUUCUUAAGCCUCUGUAAUUUCUUUCCAGCAGUCGUUUUCUGUCCCCCUAUCCCACCUCCCAUCUGGAAUCGUCCAUUCGUUAUCGAGUCCCCUCUCUGCCGUGCGUGCCACCAGAGAACGAACAGUCAUGUUGUCACACUUUUCACACUGUGAGCCCCAAAGUGGACACAAGACUCCAGUGUGGCUCUCAGAGAGCACUGCCAGCUCGGAGGUCAAGAGGUCAAGCCCACUGACAAGCUGCCUCUCAAGCUAGCCGGGCCCCAGAGGCACACAAACGGUCAGCUGAACCCAUGUCGUUGUCAACUAGGGACAUAACUAGAGUCGCGCCGGCAGUCUCUGAACUGCAGAGCUCUGGAAAAAGGCCUUUAUUGGCCAAGUUGCUCGGAAGCCUAAGACAUGAGAUGUUCGUAAGAAGCAGAGCUUUUGAUGGAAGAAUAUAGGAGUAUUCAUUGUCUCCACAUGUAAAUUCAAGUGGUUUACAGAAGGAAUAAUAGGUUUGGAGUGUCUGUUAAAGGACCUCCCCACGUUUGGCAGCUCUCUUUGUUAGAUCUCUGUGUUUCUGAGGUUACAAUACUAGUUCUCUGUUUUUCAAAAGGUCUCCUGGUCCUGUAGGUUAACAGAUAAGCUGUUGGCUUGGUUUAAUUCCCUGGUGUUCUUAUCAUCCAAGAAAAGGUCCUAUUAGUGGAUAAUUAGCAGUUAAGUAUUAUUGACACCGGUUCAGCGCCAGUUGGUAAAUUAGAUGGUCUAUUGUGAUGGUGGAUUGAUGGUGGAUUGUGAUUGUAGGGAUUUUUGAAAACGUGGAAGCUGUGAGAUAACUGCUGAAGCUAGAGUGGGCUUAUUCCUCCUGUGUCAGCAAUGCAGUAAUAUAUAAUAGAAUAAACAUUAAAAGAUAACCUCUCCAUGGCUACAUGGGCAGUGUUUGUGAUACCCAUGGAUUGGGUAUAAGUGCUAACACAUCUUAGCUUCAUCAAAUAAUAAAUAAUGAACAUGUAACUAGUGAAUAAGAUUGCUCAAGUAGUGAGUUCCAAUUCAUAAUAUGGUAUGCCUAUCCAGUAUUGCCAUAACAGAUCUGUUUAUUUUAGUUGUGUUUAUUGUCUUAAUCAUACUAGUUCAUUGUAAUUUGAGUUCCAGGUGCCCCCUUUAUAGCAACCAAAAGAUCUCUAUAACAACAGUCUUUAGUAUGUGCACAAACUACAGUAAUUCAACACCUGGCCUUGUGAUCCAUAUGGUUUCUUUUAAAUUGCUCAUUUAAACUUGGUAAAUGAGUAGCUCAUGUCAGUGGUUGAUAAUUCACAGUCUGUUUUUACCCUGCUAAAAACCAAUACAGAAGCAUCUCAUGGUGCUUCGUUCCUGUUUGAGUAAAUGUGUUAUUUGCAACCAUGUCCAUUUUAGGGUUAAGAGAGCUAAGUAUGUGUAAAAAGCAGUUAUCAACAUUAGACGAAACCACUGAAUUUAAAAAUGUUGAGGUUGUGGAUAACUGUGCAGGUGCAAAGAUACAAGUCAAAACGGAGCCUGACUGGAAGAUUAAGAUAAGAUAAGAUUAAGAUACUUAAAAGUUUUUUUCCUCUCCAGAUGAUUCUUCUUCAUCCUAGUUGUAUGAACAUAUCUGUUGACCACGGAUUACUGAAACAUGCUCUACAUGAUCUACAGCUGCAAAUACUGCACAUUUAUUGUAAUAACUUAACUCCUGUUACUUCACAAUUUUGAUUUUUUAUUUCAUUUUUUGUAUUAUUAGAUUUUGUAUGUUUUUAAUGUAAAAAGAGUAUAGAAUUAGAAGCAAGUAUUGUUGUGGUGUUCUGAUUGCAAUAGCUCUGUGGUUCUAGGAAAGCAAAAACACUAUGUACAUUUUCUGAUGUCGAAGAAAAGUAUAUUAAAAAUGUAAAAUUACCGAUGA